ACAAACAAACUCGCUUGUAAGCUGUGAACGCGACCUGUCAGACGAUCCCACGUAAAUAUUCCGCGACCGCCUGUAAACUCUACGCAAAAGUAGCGAAAAGUUCCUCGUAAAAGUCAGUGCCAUCUUCCUUCUAGUUCAUAUUUAGCUUCUAAAAUGGUAGAUCCUAACUUUAUCGAAGUCAAUGAAAUCAAAGAUUUCAGUACGUACCUGGCGAGUAUCGAGUGGAAGGACCCGUGGCUAAUAGUCCUGGUUUCGAUGCACUUACUCACCACCGCGACUGCCGUGCUAACAAGGAAUCAUGGAACAUUCCAAAUAGUUUUGUUUCUGGUAUUAUUAUCUCUUGUGUACUUUUCGGAAAGCAUAAAUGAAUAUGCUGCAGCGAAUUGGCGACUGUUCUCUCGUCAGCAAUACUUCGACAGUAAUGGACUCUUCAUAUCAACUGUGUUUUCAGUGCCGAUUCUGCUAAAUUGUAUGCUCUUGAUUGGCACCUGGCUUUACAAUUCAACACAAAUCAUGGCAAAAUUGAAGGUAGCGCAAUUGAAACAAAAACUGAGGCAGGAAAGCAGCAUCAAUUCCAUGAGCCAUGAGAAAGCCGAUUGAUUGCAAAUCUGUUAUAAAUCUCCAUUUUUAAUAAUUGUUUUGUCUUUGCGGAUUAUAAAUAGACUGUCUAGUUGUGAGAUAUUUGUACUAUAAAGUGUGUGUUGUAAUUAUCAUUUUUUGCGGAUAAUAUACGGUAGGUGUUUUAUACAACUUGUAAGUAAAAACAUCAUUAAAACUAUUGUUUUUA